AUGAAGAAACUAUUAAAAGUUAUGAAACAACACCGUUUGACGAAUAAAUUCUGUACCGCCGAAAAUCCACGUGUCGAAAGUCUACAAUCAGUCAUCGAGAAAGGCUUCAAUGAAGAAGCAAAAAAUCAGCGUAGUAUAGUAUUUUCCCGUCUGACGACCCAUGUAAGCCACUUAGUCGGAGACAACUCAUCGCUGAGCAUCACAAGUAGCAUAUUCGGCAAAACAACCGGCCUGUCCACGGGUCUAACAUCGUCGGAAUACGCAGGUAAAACGUCGAUCACCGCAGGCGGAGAUAAGCAGCAAAUUGGAUCGGAGCAUCAACGCGGACUGAGUGUUGGUGGACUAGUGUGGUGGCAAAACAUCCACGGCGAUGCAGCCGACAGAUUCAUACCGAAGCGACGCGGUGUCAAUCUUGACCUGUCGCGCUACCUUCAUGUGAAUGAUGAGGAUGACGAGAAGGAUGGUGUACAUCUCAACGUACUCAAAGACGCAAAGAGUGCAGUGAAUCGCUGGCGCAAAAAGUACAUGAGCAAUACGUUCCGCGCGCUCAACGUGUUCGGCGGACUGCUAAACAAACGCGUUCUCAAUAUCAGCGAGUCCAGCUCGUCGUCAUCGAUGAAUCCGAAGCUGCAGGAAUUCGGCGAGUCUCAAUGGGAGUGCCAUCCGCGACAGCAACCACUCAUGAACCUGAAAAACGAAAAGUCCAAGCGUUAUCGUGAUCAUGGUGCUCAGAUCUUCCGCUUCGUCUCGCCGAUAAGACUGAAGAAUCUCAUUGACUGGAACUCGAAGGGCGAGCUGGCGGCAGGUCUGGAGAAGACGCUGUGCAUCUGCGAGGUGGACUUCAAGACCGAGUACCAGAUCAACAAGAUCGACCACGACCACUAUCUUUGCUGUGUCAAGUGGAGCGACAACGGAAACUAUGUCGCAUCCUGCUGCUACGACGGCAGCGUACACUUGUACAUGAUACCCGAGAGGAAGAAGUACUGGCAUCGCCAUUGUGGCUGUCACACGCGUCAAAUCGAUUGCGAUGUCGAUCACAUCCUGUUCACCGACAAGGACACACGCAUCGUCACUUCGUGCACGCGCGGUCGCAUCAACAUCAUCAGCACCAUCACCGGUUUCGUGCGUGUCACGCGAGACUUCGCCACGACCAUACUGAAGAUCGACGUGUCACCGAAAGAGCAAUACCUCGCUAUGAGUACCGCCGAUCGACUUGUCAAGUUGUUUCGUUUUCCAUCUCUGGCUGUGAUGUUUGAGAUUCAGUUCUUCGCCAAUGUCGAGGCGUUUGCUUGGCAUCCGUGGUCAUCGGGUAUCCUCUGCAUCGGCGGAGGUCCAGGCGACGCUUCGCUCUCGCUGUGGAACGUCAACAGUCAGCGUCAGUUGGGUUAUCGAAUGGUCGAGCUUUGCGGUUCCAUUGACCACAUGAUGUUCAACAAACUGAGUGGCGAAUUGCUCGUUCACUGGUAUUACCUCGAGAACAACAAACUGAGAUCGUUGAUCGCCGUUCUAGCUAGUCUCGAUCAUAUCGUUGACGUGGUACCCGUGCAACCGGAACAUCGCAUGAGAAACAUCGUAUGGAGUCACGAUCACAUGAGAUUGGCGAUGCAGCAUCGUGACACGCUGGUCAUCUGGAACUUCUUCGGUGCGGAUUUCAAAAAAUGGACUGAGACAAAAAAAAAAAAGUACGCUGAGCAAGACUCGGCGAACAAGUUGAGAAACUAUAGCUUAGACUGCGUCUCCACUACUGGGCCUUACACGUCCGCUGAGAGUGCAAGACUCUCCAAAAGCUUUCAGUACUACACUAUACGUUAAUAGUUUUGUAUAUUUCACUUCACCCUUUAAUCGUUCUCGUUGAAAGAUCCACAACGUUUUAUCGUGACUUUUAAACCAAAGCUAUUCUUAAUUAUUACUGAUUGGGUAAUCUCGCAACCUCGAAUACCGAAUGACUAAGACUGCAGAAGAGCACUUGAUACAGGUUGAUAAGACAGUCGUGGUUUUAAUUAAUAGACGUUGAAAGCCACGAUCUGGGGAAACGUCAUGCUCUCUCACUCGAGUGAGACGCCACAGCGCGCGGGCGUGCAGAAAGGCGAAAUGAGCGAAUAACAAGGAGACGCAUGGUCGUCGGUCGUCGCGUCCGGCGAGGCAGUCGCAUAUAUGCUAUCUCCGGGCAUUUAUCAUCGACGGCGACUAAGCGAGCGCGCGUAUGCAAAACACGUGUGCCGCCGACGAGCAAUCGCCUACGAAUCGUGGUCAAUUGUUUCUUUAGCCUGAUUUUUACGUACCUGCUGCAUUUAUGUUCUUUUAGAUGCUUUUAACGGAACGGUGAUGGUCAUAAUGGUCGCGCGCGACCCACCGCAUCCGAUUACUUUUUAUACAAUAAAGGAGUCUUUUUCUUUUAA